AUGGCACAAGCUCUAUGCCUGGGAUCACCCUUCAAAACGCCAAUUAAGGCGGAGAAGGACUUAGACAGGGACAAUGUUCGACCGCAAAGCUCGAAGUUGGUAGCUUCGGAUAGCACUACAGAUACAAGAGAGGUGGCGGAUCCUUCCAAUCAUCUCUCUUCCGGUAUCUCCGCAGUUCGACCAGUGAGAUCCGAAGAGAGAUUCCGCACUCCCCAGUGCCAGAUGAAAAUGUUCAAUGUGCAAGAAAAGCUGGAGAUGUCAGGGGCAAGAUAUGGGGAUUGCAGCGGCCCAGAGCCGAUCCGUCGGACAGCCCGUCAGGAGGAGACAUCUCCGUUAGUUCGCAAAGCCUUGCGACAGAGCAAUCCCCCCAAUCAGGGGAUCAUGUCCAAAGUCAAGAGAAAGCUUCAAUUCACAGCUGGCUCAAGGAGUAAGAAAAGAGUUUUGGCUUCUAUUACUUUCGUGAGGCGCAAGUCGUCCACAACCAAGACGACCAAUUGGUGGGACAUGUGA